AUGGUUGAUAUCGACGAAGAGUUUAUAGAUUGGCAUGCUAUGGAGUUUGCAAAACCGGAUGAUGCAUACAAUUUCUAUUGGUUCAAAGAGGGUAGCAAUGUGAAACCAAAUCAUCCUGAGAUUCAUCCAAACAAAAGCAGCGAGUCAGAAAGGAUAAAGAUCAUGCAUCGUAGUCAUGAAACGAGAACAGGCUGUAAUUCAAAGAUACGGCUUCAGUUUGACAAGGAGAAUGCAAAGUACAAAGUGACAAACUUUGAAGACAACCACAAUCAUGAUCUAUAUCCUCCAAAACACAAGCACAUGCUUGUAUCCAAUCGUAGGAUUGAUGAAUCACAUUUAAUCAUUGCGAAUACAAAUCAGGAAGCUGGACUACCAAUCAGAUCAUCGUAG